AUGGCGGCACGUCGACGUGGUGUUGGAGUAGGUGCGGUACAGCAGAAGAAAGAUCUUCAGGCAAAAUUCCAAGCCAAAGGUAACGAAUUAGCCAGCGAACAGUUAAAUCAAUUUUCUCAGGAACUUGCUGUUUUCCAGACAAAGUUAGAGGAAUUUGCUCACAAACACCGCGAUGAAAUUCGUCGAAACUCUCACUUUCGACGACACUUUCAGGAUAUGUGUGCCUCAGUUGGUGUUGAUCCACUUGCUUCUAGUAAAGGUUUUUGGGCCGAGAAACUUGGUGUCGGUGAUUUUUAUUAUGAAUUGGCUGUUCAAAUUGUUGAAGUUUGUAUGUCAACCAGUCAUAUAAAUGGUGGUGUUAUGACGAUAGAAGAAUUGAGAAAUCGGCUAUUACGUUCACGAGCACGAACACGACGAGACGCUGUCACCACAGAUGACAUUUUACGUGCUGUCGAUAAAUUGAAAGUACUUGGUAAUGGUUUUGAACUAAUUGCUUUGGGAAGUGGACGAUUUUUGGUACAAAGUGUGCCUGGUGAACUCAGCAUGGAUGAUUCACGGGUUUUACAAUUGGCUGAAGAUGCUGCUUAUGUAACCAAAGAACUCAUUAUGGAUCGAUUGCGCUGGGAUGAACGACGUACCGACGUAGUGCUGGAGCAUUUAGUGAAAGAAGGCAUUGCCUGGAUUGAUAAUCAGUCAACAGACACUAUCCAGUAUUGGAUUCCAAGUCUUUUUCUACAGCAGCAUAGCCAUUCGAGUAGUUCAACUAGUAUAUCUGACAGUAUUGCAUCAACUCUUUAUUGA